CUACGGCUAGCUGCAUCGCCCCGGAGUUGGGGGUAGAUCGGCCGGGACCUGACGCCGGCUGCUGGCAGUGGAAGCUAGAGGUUGCUUCUAUAACUGGGUCACGUGUUUGCUAUACACAGCACAAUGUCUCGAUCCCGGCAGCCCCCGCUUGUGACAGGCAUCUCUCCAAAUGAAGGGAUUCCUUGGACCAAGGUCAUAAUUAGAGGGGAGAACCUGGGUACUGGUCCCACUGACCUCAUAGGCUUGACAAUUUGUGGGCAUAAUUGCCUCCUCACAGCAGAAUGGAUGUCUGCGAGCAAAAUUGUGUGUAGAGUGGGACAAGCCAAAAAUGACAAAGGAGACAUUAUUGUCACAACCAAGUCAGGGGGCAAAGGAACGUCAACAGUCUCUUUUAAACUACUCAAACCUGAAAAAAUAGGCAUUUUAGAUCAGUCUGCAGUGUGGGUGGAUGAAAUGAACUAUUACGACAUGCGGACUGACAGGAAUAAAGGGAUUCCUCCCUUGUCCCUUCGUCCUGCGAAUCCUCUGGGCAUUGAGAUUGAGAAAAGUAAACUUCCUCAGAAGGACUUGGAAGUCCUGUUCCAUGGCAUGAGUGCUGAUUUUACAAGUGAGAAUUUUUCAGCAGCCUGGUAUCUCAUAGAAAAUCACUCCACCACCAGUUUUGAACAGCUCAAGAUGGCAGUCACCAACCUCAAAAGGCAGGCCAACAAGAAGAGCGAGGGUAGUUUGGCAUACGUGAAGGGUGGCCUCAGCACCUUCUUUGAAGCUCAAGAUGCUCUGUCAGCUAUCCAUCAAAAACUAGAAGCAGAUGGAACUGAAAAAGUAGAAGGGUCCAUGACACAGAAAUUGGAGAAUGUCCUCAACAGAGCAAGUAAUACCGCUGACACGUUAUUUCAAGAAGUGUUAGGUCGAAAAGACAAGGCAGAUUCCACUAGGAAUGCACUCAACGUGCUUCAGCGAUUUAAAUUUCUCUUCAACCUUCCUCUCAAUAUUAAACGGAAUAUUCAAAAGGGAGAUUAUGAUGUGGUUAUUAAUGAUUAUGAAAAAGCCAAGUCGCUCUUUGGGAAAACGGAGGUGCAAGUUUUCAAGAAAUAUUAUGCUGAAGUAGAAGCAGGAAUUGAAGAUCUAAGAGAAUUGCUUCUAAAGAAAUUGCUCGAGACGCCAUCCACCUUACAUGACCAAAAGCGAUACAUAAGGUAUCUCUCUGACCUCCAUGCACCUGGUGACCCUGCUUGGCAGUGUAUCGGAGCUCAGCACAAGUGGACCCUCAAACUCAUGCAAGACUGCAAAGAAGGCCACAUGAAGAGCCUAAAAGGUAACCCUGGCCCGCACAGUCCCAUGCCGGACCUGGAUAGUGAUGUGCGCCCCUCCGUGUUGGGUCAUCUCAGCCAGGCAGCGUCACUGAAGAGGGGCAGCAGCUUUCAGUCUGGUCGCGAUGACACAUGGAGAUACAAAACUCCCCACAGAGUGGCAUUUGUUGAAAAGUUAACCAAGCUUGUGUUAAGUCAGUUGCCUAACUUCUGGAAGCUCUGGAUUUCCUAUGUUAAUGGAAGUCUUUUCAGUGAGACUGCUGAGAAAUCAGGCCAGAUUGAAAGAUCAAAGACCGUAAGGCAGAGACAAAAUGAUUUCAAGAAAAUGAUUCAGGAAGUAAUGCAGUCCCUGGUGAAGCUGAUCCGAGGAGCCCUGCUCCCUCUCAGCCUCCGAGAGGGCGACGGGAGGCAGUAUGGAGGCUGGGAGGUGCAGGCGGAGCUCUCAGGGCAGUGGCUCGCACACGUUAUCCAGACCAUAAGGCUGACUUAUGAGUCAUUGACUGCCCUGGAAAUUCCCAAUGACAUGUUACAGAUUAUCCAGGACCUAAUUUUGGAUCUCCGCAUACGUUGCAUAAUGGUAACACUGCAACACACAGCAGAAGAAAUAAAGAGGUUAGCUGAAAAGGAAGACUGGAUUGUUGAUAAUGAAGGACUAACUUCCCUACCAUGUCAGUUUGAACAGAGCAUCGUGCACUCCCUGCAGUCGCUGAAGGGUGUUGUGGAUUGCAAGCCUGGAGAAGCCAGCGUCUUUCAACAGCCUAAAACGCAGGAGGAGGUUUGCCAACUAAGCAUCAAUAUCAUGCAGGUUUUUAUAUACUGCCUGGAACAGCUGAGCACCAAGCCUGAUGCAGACAUAGAUACUACUCACCUUUCUGUUGAUGUUUCUUCUCCUGAUUUGUUUGGAAGCAUCCAUGAAGACUUCAGUUUGACUUCAGAGCAGCGGCUUUUGAUAGUCCUGAGCAAUUGCUGCUAUUUAGAACGUCACACCUUCCUAAAUAUAACAGAACAUUUUGAAAAGCACAACUUCCAAGGAAUAGAAAAAAUAGCACAGGUUAGCAUGACAUCACUGAAAGAACUAGACCAACGACUCUUUGAAAAUUACAUUGAGCUAAAAGCAGAUCCUAUUGUUGGAUCCCUGGAACCUGGGAUAUAUGCUGGCUAUUUUGACUGGAAAGACUGUCUGCCUCCAACAGGUGUCAGAAACUAUUUAAAAGAAGCAUUGGUGAAUAUAAUUGCUGUGCAUGCAGAGGUGUUCACUAUUUCUAAAGAACUGGUGCCACGAGUCCUGGCCAGGGUGGUAGAAGCAGUCUCUGAAGAGCUGAGCCGGCUGAUGCAGUGUGUCUCAUCCUUCAGCAGAAAUGGAGCACUGCAGGCCAGACUUGAAAUUUGUGCCCUCAGGGACACUGUAGCCAUUUACCUGACCCAGGAAAGUAGGUCUAGCUUCAAACAGGCCCUGGAAGCCCUGCCUCAGCUUGCAAGUGGCGCAGACAAAAAGUUGCUGGAAGAGCUGCUCAACAAGUUCAAGAGUAGCAUGCAUCUGCAGCUCGCCUGCUUCCAAGCUGCAUCUCCAACCAUGAUGAAAACCUAGGCGCCGGUGGAAGAAGAGCAUCCAGGUAUAGCAAGUGUGAGACUGUCCUCUUCCUGCACCAGAGAGA